AUGUCCUACGACCCCUGUACCUACGACCACUGCACCUACGACCCCUACACCUACUACCCCUGCACCUACGACCCUUGCACCUACACCUACGACCACUGCACCUACGACCCCUACACCUACGAUCCCCACCUACGAUCCCUGCACCUACUACCCCUGCACCUACGACCCCUGCACCUACGACCCCUGUACCUACGACCCCUACUUAUCCAUGCACCUACCUACCUGCACCUACUACCCCACCUACCCCCUGCACCUACUACCCCUACACCUACGACCCCUGCACCUACCCCUGCACCUACCCCUGUACCUACGACCCCUACACCUACGACCCCUACACCUACUACCCCUUGCACCUACGACCCCAGCACCUACGACCCCUACACCUACUACCCCUUCACCUACGACCCCUGCACCUGCGACCCCUGCACCUACGACCCCUGCACCUACGACUCCUACACCAACACCCUGUGCCUACGACCCCUGCACCUAUGA